UAUGAAUACUCUGCUUAAUCUCAACAUAACACAGGAUCUCACUACAGACUUGGAUGCUAAGAACCCAAAACACCUGGUUGAAAAGUUGUUAGAGAAGCUAUCAACGCCAGAAUUCUCAUCACUCUCAUGUACGAAAUCUAGAAAAAGCUCUAGGAAAUCAAGAAGACAGAAAUAAUUUGAACAAGGAUCUGCCUACGGCUAGGACUACUCGGAUUAACCUCCUAAACCACCGUAGAAGGAAGAGAAGUUUUGUGAAUAAAAGAGGCACCAAGAGGGGCCAUAUCCAGCCUAAAGUUGGCAGUAAAAUGAUGAAUAAAAAGGUCUCAAUUCCUUUGGAUUUCAGCAAAAAUAAUCAUAGCUCUGCUAGGCAAUUACGAAUGAGACAGCAAUCUAAGGAAAAGUUAGAUAUCACUGAUAUUAAUACAAGCAGGAUGCUUACUAAAGGUCUUGAUGGCACACAAAGUACCUUGGCUUCCCAUCUAGGGGUUAAAAAGAACAGUGUAUUGACCCAAAGUGCACGGAGAAGAACCCAAAACUAUAAAGUUGUCAAAAAUGAAACUUUAGAUAAUACAAAGAGUAGUAUCUUUGAUACUCCUGGAAAGAUGAUGAAUCCAAACAGCCCUACUGGGAAUUUAAAACAGAAUUAUUUUAAGAUUGAGAUUCAAGAUGAGGUCUCAGAUAUUAAAUAAAUCCUCCUUACCGAGUGUCCCUAAUCAAUUUCUAAAUAAAUUUUGCAGGAACACUUCAUUAAGGAAGAGAAUGCAAGGAGAUUCCCAUAAAUCAUUCACUACUGCUCUGAAUGCUUUCCAACGGCAUAAUAAGAAACUAGAGCUUAGAAUGAGCAUCGUGGGAGAGGAUACUGAAAGAGUUCAUAGGGAGUACAAUAGAUCUUCAACAAAUACUAACCGUAAGACCGCAUCAGCUCUUACUCCUGCAAAUGAUUCUCAGGCUAAACAUAUUGAUGGAGAUAAUAAAAAAGAAGACACUUCUGAUGAGGAUAAUUCAUCCUCAGAAGGACUCUCAAGCAUCAGUGAGGUAUCUCUGACCAAGCGAAAGACGAAACAUGAGAUCAAGGAGACUGAAAAGUUAAUAAAAUAGCUUUCAGGAACGAAAAUCUCUGAAACAAAAGAAAAAGGAGUUUUCUCAGACUCGUAACUACAAGUUGUACAGCAACAAAGCAGGCUUCACCCAAAUACAGCGCUUCUCUAAGGAAAAUGCUAGAAAACUUGAGAAUAUCAAACUAAAAGAUGUUCCUAAAUUCAGUCUGAACUCCUUCCUGCUUAAGUACUGUGACAAGUUGUCCCUGAAUGGACAUAAGUAUAUCCAAAAAUAAGAGAAAGAAGUUAAGGUUCUUCCUUAAAACCCAGGCAGAAGUAGAUCAUUUUGAAUACACAAAAGCACAGAAUUCUAAUGGAGCUGGAUCUUAUGAUGUCUACCAGAUGUAUGAAGAGCUGAAAGACUCCCAAAGUCUAUACCCCCGUCAGUCUUCUUUUUACAAAAUAAAGGCGAAGCCUAAAGUUGAGAGCUAUCUCCUACAAGAAGAUGUUUGAGAGGCAUACAGAAGGAAUAUUAAGAAGUAA